AUGGAGCCGACAUUCGACAUCCCCGACUCGACCGACUGGCUGGACACGCCGCUCACGCUUCUCGCGCCGUUCGAAUCCUCCCUCCGCUGCCAGGUCUGCAAGGACUUUUUUGACAACCCGGUGAUUACAUCUUGCAGUCAUACGUUUUGCUCGCUAUGUAUUCGACGGUGUCUAAGUACUGAGGGGAAAUGUCCCACGUGUCGGAGCUCCGACCAGGAGUUGAAGCUGCGUCGAAAUUGGGUGGUGCAGGAACUCGUUGAGGGGUUUAAGAAUGCUCGGCCGGGCGUUCUACAGCUGGCGAGGAGGGCGGUUCAGAGCAAUGGGACCACGGGAAAUGACGGCGAGGAUGAAUUUACGGAGCAGCCCACGUCCAAGAAGCGUAAAAUAGAGCAAGACGCGGACCAGGACGGGUCAGGUAGUUCUGCUGGGGAGGGUAUUCGCACGCGAUCACAGAGUCGAGGUGUCACACGACAGGCCCAGGCUACUCCUAUUGAGAUUUUGGAUGAUAUUCAGGACGAGGAGUACAUUCCAGAUGGCUUAGUCGCGUGCCCAAUCUGCUCACGCAGGAUGAAGGACGAGGCCGUGUUCCGCCAUCUCGAUACAUGCACAGGUGCUGCUCCUGAACCGAAACCGGCAGCAUUUGGUUCUUUGCUGUCUGCGCCUCGAAAACCGUUACCGAAUGCUACAGAUAAACCACCAGAGAGGCUUCCGGUUAUAAAUUAUUCCUUAAUGAAAGAGUCCUCACUGCGCAGAAAACUCAAAGACCUGGGUAUACCGAACUGGGGCCCGCGGCCCCUGCUGCAAAAGCGACACACCGAAUGGAUGAAUUUAUGGAACGCCAACUGUGACUCCAAAGCCCCAAAGUCUAAACGUGAAUUAUUGCGAGAAUUGGGUGUCUGGGAGGGAACGCAAGGUGGUAAUUCGGUGACUCCAACUGACCCGACGAGCUCCGUAAUGCGCAAGGAUUUCGAUACAGGGGAGUGGUCGGCAAACUAUAACACUGAUUUCAAGCAACUGAUUGCCAAUGCGCGAAAGAAGAACGAUGCGGUUGUUCGCUCAACAAUACCCGGCGCAUCACAGGGGACGUCGAACGAGACCCACAGCGCCCAACCCGUGCAGCCACCCGAUACCCCAAUCUCCCAGGGAUUGAACCCUGAUAUCGAUCCCAAGGUCGACGUCCAGAGAGUGCGGAACAGUCCCCAGACAUUGAACGUGGAAAAUGCGACAAUGAAACUGCCGGUUAAUACCGUGGGUGAGGCUGAUGUUCAGGCAAUACCGAUGUCCCCCUCCUAA